AUGCGUCAAACUGGACUGAUUCAUUUGCUUCCAAAGUUUCAUGGCCUUGCAGGUGAAGACCCGCACAAACAUUUGAAAGAAUUUCACAUUGUCUGCUCCACCAUGAAACCCCCAGAUGUCCAAGAGGAUCACAUAUUUCUGAAGGCUUUUCCUCAUUCAUUAGAGGGAGUGGCAAAGGACUGGCUGUAUUACCUUGCUCCAAGGUCCAUCACGAGCUGGGAUGACCUUAAGAGAGUAUUCUUAGAAAAAAUUUUCCCUGCUUCCAGGACCACAGCCAUCAGGAAGGAUAUCUCAGGUAUUAGACAACUCAGUGGAGAGAGCCUGUAUGAGUACUGGGAGAGAUUUAAGAAACUAUGUGCCAGUUGCCCCCACCAUCAGAUUUCAGAACAGCUUCUUCUCCAAUAUUUUUAUGAAGGACUCAGUAAUAUGGAGAGAAGUAUGAUAGAUGCUGCCAGUGGUGGAGCCCUUGGAGACAUGACUCCUGCUGAAGCCAGAAAUUUAAUUGAGAAGAUGGCCUCCAACUCCCAGCAGUUUAGAGCCAGAAAUGAUGCCAUAGUCAUUAGAGGAGUGCAUGAGGUAGCUACAAACCCAUCUGCAUCAUCUGAAACUAAGAAGCUUGAAGGCAAACUGGAUGCGUUGGUCAACUUGGUAACCCAGCUGGCCUUGAAUCAGAAAUCUGUACCUGUCGCAAGGGUUUGUGGUUUGUGCUCCUCUGCUGACCACCAUACAGACCUUUGCCCUUCCAUGCAGCAACCUGGAGCAAUUGAGCAGCCUGAAGCUUAUGCUGCAAAUAUUUACAAUAGACCUCCUCAACCUCAGCAGCAAAAUCAACCACAGCAGAACAAUUAUGACCUUUCCAGCAACAGAUACAACCCUGGAUGGAGGAAUCACCCUAACCUCCAGAGCUUAACCAAUCAGAUGGGACAAUUGGCUACCCAAUUGAAUCAACAACAGUCCCAGAAUUCUGACAAGCUGCCUUCUCAAGCUGUCCAAAAUCCCAAAUAUGUCAGUGCCAUUUCAUUGAGGUCGGGAAAGCAAUGUCAAGGACCUCAACCCGUAGCACCUUCCUCAUCUGCAAAUGAACCUGCCAAACUUCACUCUAUUCCAGAAAAAGGUGAUGACAAAAAUUUACCUAACAAUUUCUGUGCAGGUGAAUCUUCUUCCACAGGUAAUUCUGAUUUGCAGAAGCAGCACAUCCCCCCUCUUCCAUUCCCUCCAAGAGCAGUUUCCAACAAAAAAAUGGAAGAGGCAGAGAAAGAGAUCUUGGAAACGUUUAGAAAGGUAGAGGUAAACAUACCUCUGUUGGAUGCAAUAAAGCAAAUUCCAAGAUAUGCCAAAUUCUUGAAGGAGCUGUGCACUAAUAAGCGGAAGCUUAAAGGAAGUGAACGGAUUAGCAUGGGCAGAAAUGUCUCCGCAUUGAUUGGUAAAUCUGUUCCUCAAAUUCCUGAAAAAUGCAAAGAUCCAGGUACAUUCAGCAUACCUUGUAUCAUAGGGAAUAGUAAGUUUGACAAUGCCAUGCUAGAUUUAGGAGCUUCUGUUAGUGUUAUGCCUCUGUCUAUUUUUAAUUCUCUAUCUCUAGGUCCCUUGCAGUCAACUGAUGUGGUAAUUCAUUUAGCUAACAGAAGUGUUGCCUAUCCUGUUGGUUUCAUAGAAGAUGUCUUAGUUAGAGUUGGUGAACUAAUUUUCCCUGUUGAUUUUUAUAUCUUGAAUAUGGAAGAUGGAUUUUCUCAAGGAUCAGUUCCCAUCAUUCUAGGCAGACCCUUUAUGAAAACUGCUAGAACUAAGAUAGAUGUUUAUGCAGGCACACUGUCCAUGGAGUUUGGUGAUAUAACUGUUCAUUUUAAUAUUUUGGAUGCUAUGAAAUACCCAUCUGAAGAUCUUUCUGUAUUUCGUGCUGAAAUAAUUGACCAUGUUGUUAUGGCAUCUAAGAAAAGGAAGGCACCUUCUACACCUACCCAGCUACUACCGGAGAGGAAUGUGGUAGUUUAUUACACCGAGUUUGACGAGUUCAAGGAGGAACUCGAGAGAAGACAUUGGGAUGAGAAGCUAACUGAUUUUGCUGACAGUAGCAUAGACAUUGCUAUUGUGAAGGAAUUUUAUGCGAACCUCUAUGACCCCGAGGAUAAAUCACCUAAGCAAGUGAGCGUGAGAGGUCACUUAGUGAAAUUUGAUGAGAAUACCUUGAACACAUUUCUGAAGACCUCGAUAAUUUUGGAGGAGGGAGAGAAUUUGUGUACUUAUUCUAGGUUUGCACUCCUGAGGCCUAAUCCUCAGGAGUUGGCUGCUAAGCUCUGUAUCCCAGGGAAAGGAUUUGAGCUAAAUGCUGAUGGGUAA